AUGGCAGACUUCUGGACAAUUCUGCUAUUCGUGCUAGCUGUCUUUCUAGUUUUCUACAAUUUCUCCACAAAAUUUCACUAUUAUGUGCGAAUUUCGUUUUUCUACAUCACAAUUCUUCUGCAUGGAAUGGAAGUUUGUGUCACAAUGAUUCCAUCGUGGUUGGGUUCAAAGGGCGCCGACUAUGUGUUCCACUCGUUCUACUACUGGAGCAAAUGGACUGGAAUCCAUACGACAGUCUACAAUUAUGAGAUCACACAGGUCGAUGGACCAGCCAUUGUGAUUUGUAAUCAUCAGAGCUCCCUCGACAUCGUCUCCAUGUCGUCAGUCUGGCCGAAGCACUGUGCAGUGAUGAUGAAAAGGAUCCUCGCAUACGUUCCGUUCUUCAAUCUCGGUGCCUACUUUUCCUCCACAAUCUUCAUCGAUCGAUUCAACCGAGAACGAGCGAUGGCUUCUGUCGACUAUUGUGCCACGGAGAUGAAGAAACGAAACCUGAAGCUGUGGGUGUUUCCAGAAGGAACCAGAAAUCGCGACGGCGGAUUUAUCCCCUUCAAAAAAGGAGCAUUCAACAUCGCCGUCCGCGCGCAGCUUCCAAUUAUCCCGGUCGUCUUUUCGGACUACCGAUCUUUCUAUUCCAAACCCGGGCGGUAUUUUAAAAACGACGGAGAAGUGGUAAUUCGAGUGUUGGAUCCGAUUCCAACGGAGGGACUCACCCUUGACGACGUCAACGAGCUAUCUGACAAAUGUCGUGACUUGAUGCUCGUCGCCUAUCGCGAAGUCACCGCGGAAGCCUGGAAACGCACUGCCGAACGACGUGGCGAGCCUGUGGACGGCAAGAAAAUCGAUUAA